AUGUCUUGGUCCCACACCUCGGGGACAGCCUCAGACAAUUUGCCAACUGAACAACCCAAGGCCACAUUUGGGAUCUUCAUUCAAUGUCCCGUAAACGAAAACUACACUGUCAGGUAUCUGCCGGUGUUGUGUCCCCCCCCUCCAAUGCCACGUGCAAGCCUCACCUUUCGUCAAAGUCAUUCUCAUCUUCAGGACGAGAAGAUGGACGAUGACUACGGGGAGGAGGUCAUGGCCGGGAAUGGCGAAGAUGAAGGUGAGGUGGACGAGAGCAGCGAGGAGGAGGUGGGCGAGAGCGGCGAGGAGGAGGUGUGCGAGAGCGGUGAGGAGGAGGUGGACAGAACAGAAGAUGAGGAAGAAGACAUCGACGAUGAAGUUGACGCCGAGUCGGUCAACAGUCGCCCAGCUACUGUCCGCCACGCAAUCCUUCGGAAAAAAUACUUGCCGGUCAAAAAAUACGAGAGGUACGGUUGCCUCUGGCAAGACUGCAGCAUGACAUUUUCGUUAGCGAAAGAUCGUCUUCGGCAUAUGAACGGCCACUUCAAUUCCCAGUGGAUCUGUCCAAAUCCAGCAUGCCAGAAAAAGUCCCAGAGGAAAAGGACCUCCUAUCGGAAGGACGCUCUUAAGCGUCACCUCAAUAAGCGUACGGAUCAGGAACAGCCCCAGAGGAUGGGGAUCUUCUCUCGGAAGGACGCUCUUAAGCGUCAUCUCGAUAGGAGUACAGUUUGCUGCGGAUACACCCCUCGUACGCACGAAGGCGACGUAGAUUGGACACUGUUGGAGAACGGUCAAUCUGCCUUGUGGGAAAGAGAGGAAAACGUCGUGCAAAUCCGCCGCCCCUCCGCCGCCGAUCCCUUAAGGACGGACCUCGAUGCGCUUUGGGCGCAAUACAACGUAUUUCCCUGGCGCGGCUAA